UGGGCAAACUUUUCACAUCUGUAGUAAAGUUGACCAAGAGGCCACUCCUUACGAGCAAGGGAGGGAAACAAGAAAACUCAGAGCCGCGCACAAUUUGUACUUUUUCCACUUUUGGCUGUUUUCUGCGUUUCAGUAAUUGGUUGAAAACGUGCGGUGUUGAGUUUAAGUCCACAUUUAGCGCUCGGAGAUUUGGAAAUAACAGAGCUGGUAUCCACAACACAUUCCUGAAGAUGGGACCUUUCCUCUAAGGAGGGCUUGUUUCACGGAUUUGGGUGGAAAAUGUCCAGUACAGCACUUGAAUCCCAAAACCUGACCCAGAACUCUGUUUCACAGGAUGAUGGCUUUGUAGCACCCCAGUUUCCUGUAAAUACUCCAAAGAAGUUAUCCGGUCAGUGUGCAGUCUCACUGGAGAACCAUCUGACCAUGGGUCCCCUCACUACGCCUAAAAAAGGAAGGGAAGCGUGUUCUGUCGAUCCCUGGACGCCGACUUCCAACCUUAAAAUGCUCAUCAGUGCUGCUAGUCCUGAUAUCAGGAACCGAGAGAAGGAGCUGUGCAUGGACAAUGACGGGCGGGACGGUCUUGACCCUUCACAGGACAGUGAAAAUGGAGACGAGUCAGAGAAAAUGAUCAGCAGGAAAGACAAGAGUCUGGGUUUGCUCUGUCAUAAGUUCCUCGCCCGCUACCCAGAUUACCCAAACCCUGCCCUCAAUAAUGACAUCUGCCUGGAUGAUGUGGCCACUGAACUCAGUGUAGAACGUAGGCGCAUCUACGACAUCAUGAACGUGCUGGAGAGCCUGCACAUGGUGAGCCGCUCGGCCAAGAACCGCUACACGUGGCACGGCCGGACCAAACUGGCUCAGACGCUAGCCAUUUUGAAGCAGGUGGGCGAGGAGCACAGGUACGGCCAGCAGAUGUUGCACAUCCGGCAGCGCCUCCUGGACAAGGAGUUUGAAUUUGAUGGGGAGGAGAAGGAGAACGAGGAGGUGGUGGAACUGGAGAGCGGGGAGCAGGGACAGAAGGAGCUCUUCUUUGUGGAGCUUCCAGGAGUAGAGUUCAAAGCAGCCUCUGUGAACAGUCGGAAGGACAAAUCUCUACGGGUGAUGAGCCAGAAGUUUGUCAUGCUCUUCCUGGUGUCUAAUCCUCGUGUGGUCAGUCUGGAUGUGGCCGCCAAGAUCCUGAUCGGAGAGGACCAGGUUGCGGAUCAGGACAAGAACAAGUUUAAGACCAAAGUGCGCCGGCUGUAUGAUAUCGCCAAUGUGCUGCGGAGCCUGAAGCUCAUCGAGAAAGUCCACGUAACGGAAGAGAGGGGGAGGAAACCAGCCUUUGAAUGGGUUGGCCCAGAUGAAUUCCCACAAGUCAAAGACUUGGAAAACGCUGCAUCCGAAUUACCCCCCAAGAAGAAAUGUGUACUGGAGUCCCGUGCGUCUGUAAACAACUGUGCCAAAAACCUAUUUUCAUCCCCUGGUGGCAAACGCAGCUUCACCCGGCACCCCUCCCUCAUAAAGCUAGCUAAGAGCAUUCAGGAGGACCGCCGAAAGAUCAAUUCUGCCCCGAGCAGUCCUGUAAAGAGUUCUCCCAGUGAUUCGUCAAUCACAGACUUCCCAAACAAAAUGGCUCGACUUGCUGCUAUCUGUAAGAUUGAGCUUGACCAAAAGUCAUCGACCACAGCUGAGGAUCCAAAGCCGGCUGCUAUGAGGCUCGAGCCAACCUCCUCUGUUUCAAUGGAACCGCCUCAGGCACCGUUACUGACUCCGACCCAGGAGACUAGAGUCAACACUACUGUCCACCUCACCCCCCACACACCGCUGGCAUCCCUGCCUGCGGGCUCUGUUGCCUACAUCCCCACACAGUGUUCACCCCUGAUCCCCGUCCUGUUACCUCAGCAGCGGGGGAGCGGGCCCUACGCUGUGUAUUUGCGCCCUUCAUCCCCCAGGCCGAACCCUCUGGCCAGGCCGCAGCCGACCAGCCUUGCUGUACGAUCUAUGACCUUUGAGGAUAAGACCGGGCAGAGCCCGACAGGCCAGUAUGCAGCCAAGAACCUGCAGACCAUCAGGGCGUCAGACAUCAGCCCCUUGACGCUAAAGCGGCUGCGUUCGGAUUCAACUUUGGAGAGCAGCCCCUCGAAAGCCAAGAGGACAGACCCCAACUUCAAGGACACCUCUCCAAAACUGUGUGAGAUCCUGCAGGCCCGUCUGAAAGCCCGUCGUGGCACUCAGCUCUCAAGCCGGCCCUCACCUCGCGCCCUCCACCUGGAUCCCGAGUUUGUUAACACCCCUGGAGCUGCUGUAGCCAAUCCGACACUAGAACAGACCUUGGAGAACCUCCUGGACAAAGAGGAGAAGACGGCAAAUUCUGAUAGCGAGGCGGGAUUAACACCGGUCAGAGUCGUACCCCUCACGCCAGGACAGCUCCAUGCUGAGACUUUAGUACCGGCCGGAUACCUGAUCCCAAUCUCCCAGCAGUCCCUCGUCAGUGAAAAGGAAAUUCAGGGUUUGGGGAGAGAAAGUAACAAGGCCUCAACUCCCACUUACAACAUCUACCAAACCCCAACUGCAGGUUCCAGACCUGACCUGGCCCAGGAGAUUACACCCACCAGCCUUCGUCUUCACAAACCCGCUGCUGCUGCCGCUUCGCCACACACCACCCAACAGCCCCACCGGCUCCACAGCCCCAGUCCUGCCAUCCUCAACUUCACCCUGCAGAACCUUGGUCUGAUCUCAGGCUCCAGCCCAGGAAACGCUUUUGCUGCCCCCCACACUCCGGAGUGUGGCAACACAAUUCCCAGCCCGCUGGCUCUGCAUCAGAGAGGCAUGGUUUUCAUCAAACCUGUGUCACCUGUGCCUCUGCAGCAGUCUGUAUCAGGGCAGCCAAUGACCCUGAUCAGUUUGCAACAGCCUCUGAUGACCACCCCCAAAGGGACAGGACUCCCCCAGCACAGCUUCUUCCACACGCCGGUACCCCUCUCGCCUCUGGCUGCCAUGGUAACCACCAAUGGACAACUGGGCACCAAAACUGUUUACAUCCCUCAGAGGAAGCUGGACGUUGCCACUGAGGACACUUGAAUUCCCUGAAAGAAACCCACUGAUGACUGUGUACAUUGUGUGUGUGUGUGUGGGUGUGGGUGUUUGUUCGUACUGUGGGUGGGUGGGUGGGUGUCUUUUUAUUUUUUGUCUGUUUAGCAAUUUACAUUUUUCAAAACCUCUGAACAUUUCACAGCACCCUCACUGCCUUCAUUUUCAUCACAGCCAUCUCUAAAAAUAGCUGCCAUGCAGACUUCGGCUGUGGCUCAGUGGACAGAUUUCAAACCAGCUUCACCAGAUACUCACGAACACUUUUGUCAUGCUUAUUGUGAUGCUGGUAAAAACUGUUUUCACAGGAUUAAAUUUGCAUAAAUUAAUGGAGGAGAAUGAAUUUUAUUGGUUUUGUUUGUUUAUUUUAGUCAUUUCUGCUAAUGUUUGUAAUGUGAACACCAAAUGUCCUUUCUUUGAAUUACCAAGAGUAGUAAAAAACAAAAGAAAAAAGAGCAACACACUUGAGUCAGAUGGAUGUUUUGACUGCAUGAUAAAUUUGAUUGGAAAUAUUGCUGAUUGACUAUUGAAUUCUCUAAGUUAAACCCAAUGAUAUGGCUUUUGCACAUGUAAGUUAACUGUUACCCCUGUUGAAAAUGGAUUUAUUCAGAAAAUGUGAAUAUUUGUCAUUAUAGGACUAAUCAGACAUUUAAUUUAUAAGGGAAUUACCUUUGUUCCAGAUGUCCUGCUAAAUGCAAAAUGUUAAUACAUUUUUCUGUGAAAAUCAUGU